CGCUCGGGUAGCUAGCUAGCUACUGUUUGGGAGUAGCAGCAAAAUUUGCAGGGUUAUUCAUAAUGAGUUAUGCAGAAAAAACAGAGGAUAUAACAAGGGAAGAGUGGAUGGACAAACUCAAUAAUGUCCACAUUCAAAGAGCUGAUAUGAACAGACUUAUCAUGAACUACCUGGUCACAGAGGGGUUCAAGGAAGCAGCUGAGAAGUUCCGCAUGGAGUCUGGUAUAGAACCUAGUGUGGACUUGGAUUCUCUUGAUGAAAGGAUCAAAAUUAGAGAAAUGAUCCUGAAAGGUCAGAUCCAGGAAGCUAUUGCACUUAUUAACAGUCUCCACCCAGAACUGCUGGAUACCAAUCGUUACCUUUACUUUCAUCUACAGCAACAGCACCUGAUUGAGCUGAUUCGUUUGAGGGAGACUGAGGCUGCCCUUGAGUUUGCCCAGUCCCAGUUAGCGGAGCAGGGGGAGGAGAGCCGAGAAUGUUUGACUGAGAUGGAGAGGACACUGGCCCUGCUGGCAUUUGAUAACCCAGAGGACUCACCCUUCGGGGAUUUGCUGAACAUGAUGCAAAGACAGAAGGUGUGGAGUGAAGUGAAUCAGUCAGUGCUGGACUAUGAGAACAGAGAGUCAACACCCAAACUGGCCAAGCUCCUGAAGUUACUACUGUGGGCGCAGAAUGAACUUGAUCAAAAGAAAGUGAAGUACCCUAAAAUGACAGACCUCAGCAAGGGCACAAUUGAGGAACCAAAGUGAAAAUACUCAAGCAUUUGUAAAAACUGAAUAUGGUUCUUUAUCUAUUUAUACUGCAACAAACUGACUCAUACAGUACAACCUUUUCUUUUUUGUAAGGGUUGCUUUUUGCAAUACUUUGAUAACAUAGAAUGUGCAAACUGGAUUGUCUGCAUUUUGAAAUUACGUAUGCUGAAACGACUUAUAAAAACAUUGUUUUAGUAAAAUUGUGUAUAUGUUUAUGAUAAAAUUGUGUGAAUUUCCUCUUUUGCACAUUUCAGUUACACAAGCAUUUUUCUGUCUUUUUGGCAGGGAAAGUUGGCAUAGGAGGUUGUGAAUGAAGCCUAAAUUAGGUUUUCAGUUUCUGUAUGUGACCAUCUAGAAUCAGAUGAGUUUGGUGUGGAAGGAGAAUGAUUGGUUCAGUGUUCACUGCCUGAAAUAUUUUUUUUUCUCUGAUGAUUAAAAACUACAGCUAGUCAUAUAUACUUUGGAUGUUUCAAACUUUCCAAUUUACUGUGACUUUGUAAAUUUAAAUGCAAGCAAACUGCGUUAUUGCUUAAAACAUUAUCAAACUGUACAAAAAAAAUUUUUUUUAAAUGGAUGUAUUCAGGAUAUGGCUCGAGCUGAGCUUGCUGUUGGUAAAGGCCAGGGCUGAGGAAAGGUACCGGGGAUGCUUCAAAACUUUAAAGAACUGUGACUUUGUACGCUUAAAUGCAAACUGAAGGUUCAUGCUGUGUUAUAAUUUAAAACAUCACAAAAUUAUAUGAAAACAUGUGAAUGCAGGAAAACCCAUGCACAGAGAGGGGGUGGCGUGGAAAAUAUGGAUAGAUUACUUCGAUUUAUGGAACAUGUAUUUUCAUCGUUUGAUGUGCUUUGUUUGCCAAUAUCAUUUUUGCAUUAAAGAACUUUUAAAAAG